CCGUCAGAUAAAGAUCUAACAACAAUUUAUGUCGGGAAUUUGACGGUGAUCCUCAUUUCUCUCACACAAAAAUUCAGGUGCAGAGAGAGAGAGAAGAAAAGAACCUCUUUUUCAGGGCUUGUUUGGUUUGGUUCUUCCUCAGAAUCCAUCAAAAAACCCGAUCUUUCCUUUCCUUUCUCUUCUCCUUUUUUUCCAGUUUUUUCCUUCAAAUUCUAUUGUUAAGAAAUGUGAAUUUUGAAUAAUGCGAUUUGUGACUUGUUAUUUAUUGGGUGGGGAGAAAAAGAUUGAAUCUUUUUUCUCAAUUUGAUAAGAAGGAAUGGAAAUGGAGAGUAUAGAGUGUGUGUCGUUAUCUGAUGGCAUAGAAGAUGAAGAGAUCCAGUCUUCUUCUGUGCAUCAAUUUUCUUCUGCAAAAACUCACAACAUUAUUCCUUCCGGAAUUGCCCCUACUAGUGUCCAUGAAUUGCUUGAAUGCCCCGUUUGCACCAAUUCUAUGUACCCUCCUAUUCAUCAGUGUCAUAAUGGACACACGCUUUGUUCUACCUGCAAAACGAGGGUGCAUAAUCGUUGUCCUACAUGCAGACAAGAACUUGGUGAUAUAAGGUGCUUAGCACUUGAGAAGGUUGCAGAGUCACUUGAACUCCCUUGCAAAUAUUAUUCUUUGGGGUGCCCAGAAAUAUUCCCGUAUUACAGUAAGCUCAAGCAUGAGGCACUGUGCAAUUUUAGACCAUACAGUUGCCCAUAUGCUGGAUCAGAGUGCUCAGUGACCGGUGACAUCCCUUAUUUGGUUGCACAUUUAAGAGAUGAUCAUAAAGUGGAUAUGCACACCGGAUGCACAUUCAACCACCGUUACGUGAAGUCAAAUCCUCGAGAAGUAGAAAAUGCCACAUGGAUGCUGACGGUCUUCCAUUGUUUUGGGCAGUAUUUUUGUCUCCACUUUGAGGCUUUCCAGCUUGGAGUGGCCCCUGUUUACAUGGCCUUUCUACGAUUUAUGGGCGAUGAGACUGAGGCACGCAAUUACAGCUAUAGUCUCGAAGUAGGUGCAAAUGGUAGAAAGCUCAUAUGGGAGGGAACACCAAGAAGUAUUCGAGAUAGCCACCGCAAGGUCAGGGACAGUCAUGAUGGUCUUAUAAUCCAACGUAACAUGGCGCUUUUCUUUUCUGGUGGGGAUCGAAAGGAGCUAAAACUUCGGGUUACUGGAAGGAUAUGGAAGGAACAGCAAAAUCCAGAGGGUGGAGUGUGCAUACCAAAUCUCUGUAGCUAAUUUAUCUUUCUGUAUGAUUGUUUUUUCCCUCCCUUAUUUUUUCCUGUGGAUGUAUGUGCAUGUGACAGUGGGUGUAAGAGACAGACAGCAAUCUGUUUGUACCGUCGUAAAUUCAUGCUCUGCCCGGCUACAUAUCAUUGUCCCUGAAGAUUUAGUUAUAUCAAUUGUUAAUAACCAUCUUACAGUUUCUUGUGUUUCA